UCUGACUCUCUCUGGCUCUCUCUCUCUCUCUCUUUCUCUGACUCUCUCUACCUCCCUCUCUGUCUCCCUCUCUCUCUCUCUCUCUCUCUCUCUCUCUCUCUCUCUCUCUCUCUCUCUCUCUCUCUCUCUCUCUCUCUAUCUCUCUCUCUCAAUCUCUCUCUUUCUCUCUCUCUCCCUCUCUCUCUGACUCUCACUCCCUCCCCUCUCUCUGACUCUCUCUCUUCCUCCCUUUCUCCUCCCUCUCCCUCCCUCUCUCUAGGUCUCUCCCCCCCCCUCUCACACUCUGUGGAUGCUCACUGUCCUGAAACAUGAUGAACCAUGCAGCCCUAUGGGAAUGUUUCCUCCCCGCUUAGCUAGCGUCAGCUACAUCUGUGCCUGUCAGUCUGUUUAUCCGCACGCGGCAGCGAGCGCGCAGCGGUGACAGCGGCGGCGGUGGACUCCAGCUCAGGGACCAGCGCCCCUCCUCACUCUCUCGCUGACACUCCUCCCCACUGGAGGGCUGCGAUCGCCCAGGCACAGCGCUCUCCUCCUGCCUGCCGCUCCGGCUCACAUGCUUCUCAGUGGUGGUGAUGGUGCUGGUGGUGCUGGAGGUGGUCAAUCUACUUCCCUGAUUGAACCCGGACGCUAUGGUACACAGAAUUGACUGAGGGGAAGUAAACGAAAACAAAGACUUGUGGAUCCUUUCGCGCCUGGAUUUUAUUUUAGGUUCGUAGUUCUUGUUGAGUUUUGAGCUCUUCUUCGGGGAGCGGGUCUGAAGAGUCUCCAGGGCUCCUGAGGUGCUCCUCCUCUCCUUCUCACCUCCUUCCGCGCCUCCUCUCACCCACCAACUCCUCCUGCUCCUGGGGGCCAUGAACCCGCCCGGCCCCGAUGCCUGUGUCUCAGGCCGGCGGGGGCUUCGUGUCGUCUCCGCCUCUCCCUGACGGAGCCCGACGGUGUGCCUCUGCUCCACCUGAAGCUGCGCCUCUUGACCUCCGGAGCCUCCCCCCCCCCCCCGGCGGGAACAAAGAAAUCCGUGGAUAUGAACUCCGUCCUCGCUGGCGGGAGACAAACAGCAUACACCCCCCCGCCACCCCCACUCCCCCCGCGCAACCCCACCCCCAAGGAUACCUCCACCCACCCACCACCGCCCGAAGAGAGAAACAGAGGCUGGGUUCCUACUGGAGGUCAACUAAUACCUCGCUCACCAUGACGAAGAUGAACUCCCUGAUCUUUCUCAAGGAAGAAUAAAUACAUCGAGACAAUGGAGCCAGCAGUGAAAAUACUGAACGCUACCAUUAAUGAGAGCGCCACUGGCCAGCCCUUCCACCUGGUCACGCACAGUCUGUGGGAGGUGAUCACCAUCGCCACCCUCUCCGCGAUAGUGAGCCUCAUCACUGUGGUUGGCAACGUGCUGGUGAUGCUGUCCUUCAAAGUCAACAGCCAGCUCAAAACGGUGAACAACUACUACCUGCUGAGUCUGGCGGCGGCGGACCUAAUCAUCGGGGUGUUUUCCAUGAACCUGUACACCUCUUAUAUCCUGAUGGGCUACUGGGCUCUGGGCAACCUGGCCUGUGACCUGUGGUUAGCCCUGGACUACGUUGCCAGCAACGCCUCAGUCAUGAACCUCCUGGUGAUCAGCUUCGACAGGUACUUCUCCAUCACCAGGCCCCUCACCUAUAGGGCCAAACGGACGCCCAAGAGGGCCGGCGUCAUGAUAGGCUUGGCCUGGACGGUGUCCCUGGUUCUCUGGGCCCCGCCCAUUCUCUGCUGGCAGUACUUUGUGGGCAAGCGGACCGUGCCGGAGAUGCAGUGCCAGAUCCAGUUCUUCUCGGAGCCUGUGAUCACCUUCGGCACGGCCAUCGCGGCGUUCUACGUCCCCGUGUCGGUGAUGACCAUCCUCUACUGCCGGAUCUACAAGGAGACGGAGAAGAGGACCAAGGACCUGGCCGAGCUCCAGGGCAUCCACUACUCUGCGGACCCGGCACUGGCGCAGCCCCAGAAGGCCAUCAUCAGGUCUUGCUUCAGCUGCAAGCGGAGCUCCAAGACCCAGGACAGGAACCAGGCGUCGUGGUCCUCGUCCAGCCGCAGCAACGCGGCCCGAGCCGCUGCCGCCGCCGCCACCAACAACGACGACGAGUGGUCCAAGGCGGACCAGCUGACCACCUUCAACAGCUACGCCUCGUCCGAGGACGAGGAGAGGCCCGUGUCCCCGGUGGCCUUCCAGCCCGACUUCCAGGACCAGGCGGCCCACGGCGGGGGGACCCGCAGGAGUGUGGCAUGCAGCGAGACCGAGCGGAUGAGCGGGGGCCGCGGCGAGGAGGACAGCUUCUUCGGCACGCCGCCCAAGAGCAACCCGCAGAAGAGCAAGAAGUGCGUGUCAUACAAGUUCAAACCCGUAGUGAAGGACGCGGGCGGGCAGCAGCAGCAGCUGCAGCAGCAGCACGGCAAGAACGGGGACAGCAAGAUGUUCUCGUCGGCAGAGUCCAUCGCCGCACCAUCCACGUCGGCGGCGGCCAAGCCCAUGGACGCCACGCUGAAGAGCCAGAUCACCAAGAGGAAGCGCAUGGUGCUGAUCAAGGAGAGGAAGGCGGCGCAGACGCUCAGCGCCAUCCUGCUGGCCUUCAUCCUCACGUGGACCCCGUACAACAUCAUGGUGCUUAUCUCCACCUUCUGCUCCGACUGCAUCCCCAUGCCCCUCUGGCACCUGGGUUACUGGCUGUGCUACGUCAACAGCACCGUCAACCCCAUGUGCUACGCCCUCUGUAAUAAGACCUUCCAGAAGACGUUCCGCAUGCUGCUGCUGUGCCAGUGGAAGAAGAGGGUGGAUGAGAAACUUUACUGGUACGGACAGAACCCUGUGGUGACCGCCAAACUCACAUGACCCGGCGCGCCGAUCUCACUCCACUGCUGUUUUGCGGCGAGAGCUGGAUUUUUACAUGUACGUUUUUCAUGCUAAUUUGAGUUCAUGUUGGUAUGAUAUAAAAGGUGUAAGUCUAAUCAUUAGGUGUAGUGUAUGCUGAGUAUUUCUCCAACCAAAAAUGGGAUCAUUUUGUGAAAUUGCUCCACUAUUUAUAUUGUUAAUUGGUAAAAAAAAAAAAAAGACUGCAAAACUGCAAAUGUAUGCGUCCGGGACCAAUGUAAGUAUGCACAUAACCUCAUUGUAUCACAGACACACGCAUAUACACAGUCAAAUACACGUGCGAGCAUGGACACACACACACACACACACACACACAGCCUCAUACAUGUGCACACACACACACACACACACACACACACGGAAACACAUACACAAACCAACACACACAAUCGCGCACCACAAGCGAUUCACUGCACACAAAUAUACAAUGUUUUGUACUGUUGAUGUUGUGUCAGUAUUGAUAUGCAAAACAUGGAUUUGAUAUUGCUCUGUAGCUUUAAAGGGCUAAUGGGAUGUGUUUUGAUGUCAGAAUCUGCCUGCUAUGUAAAGAUUGUAACUGAGGAAGUUCCAAGCCUUCUCACACGUGCCAUUUGCAUUUAGGAAGAAAAAAUGAUCUAAGCUUUUACUGCACUUUCAGCUUUUGCAAUUUAAACAUUAAACAUUUACAUACACCAGAAAACAUCUUGAAAUGUGACACAUGACAGAAUCCUACGGCACAUACGAGUUGAGCCUACAGGUAUUUAUAGUAAGCAUGAUCAACUAAAUUACAAACUCUUACAAAAUAUUUUUACAUUUUGUCAGUAUCUUUAUUUUCACUGGGUCACAAAAACAAACAAAGAAACAGCAAAAACAAGGAGUGUUUGUAUGUGGCUGGAUGGGAGAGUAGUCAUUACAAUAACUAACAUCUCUCUUUACGUAUCCCUCCCUUCUCAGGAUAAGAUCAAUGUUUGAUGAUGAAAACGUAAUUUGUAUUUACCCUGGGGACAAAUCAAUAGGUGACCAAAUUACCAACUAGCCCCCCUUAACACAAUUGCCAACUCUGUUGUAAUGCAGUCAGAAAUAUCACUAUGAGUCAUGCAUUAAUGAAACAGUUGCAAUAAUACAUGCCUCUUAUACUGCUUAGUGCUAACUGUGUUCCAAUGUUGAAAACAGCCCUCUCUUAAGGAUUCAAUUAAUGAAGAAAUCUUUUAUUUUUUCCUUGCAGUCCAAAUCCAUUUUUAAAGAAACUGUUUUUUAUUAAAAUUACAGUCUUAAAAACAUAGCAAA